AUUUGUUUUUCACAGGAGAAAUAGAGUGCGCAGAGAGCAUUGUAAUAAUACCACAUUACCACUUCCACCCUCACCUUGCUGUGCCUCUCCCUAUGGCGGCCAUAACCCGACUCGUAAAGCGCACCUCCCCCCUCUCUUCCGUGGCGCGUGGGUUCUCAUCUCACGCGCCUCCGUGCAAGGAGGAGAGGAAUGUCCAGUGGGUGUUCCUGGGUUGCCCUGGCGUCGGAAAAGGCACCUAUGCCAGCCGCCUCUGCAACCUCCUCGGCGUCCCUCACAUCGCCACUGGCGAUCUUGUCCGCCACGAGCUCGCCUCCAACGGCCCCCUUUCUUCCCAGCUAUCAGAAAUUGUUAAUCAAGGCAAAUUGGUGUCAGAUGAAAUCAUAAUAAGUUUAUUGUCAAAGAGGCUGGCUGAUGGGGAAGCUAAAGGCGAAUCAGGAUUUAUUCUUGAUGGUUUUCCUCGAACAAUAAAUCAAGCAGAAAUAUUGGAAGGGGUAACUGACAUUGACUUGGUGGUCAAUCUGAAGCUCCAAGAAGAAGCACUGCUUGCAAAAUGCCUUGGUAGAAGAAUUUGUAAUCAAUGUGGAGGAAAUUUUAAUAUUGCCUCCAUUAGCGUCAAGGGUGAGAAUGGGCGUCCUGGAAUGGUCAUGGCUCCACUUCUUCCUCCUGCACACUGUAUGUCAAAGCUCAUUACUCGGUCAGAUGAUACUGAAGCAGUAGUCAAAGAAAGGCUUCGUAUAUACAAUGAAAAGAGUCAGCCCGUGGAGGAAUUUUACCGUAGUAGAGGGAAACUGUUGGAGUUUGACCUGCCAGGAGGUAUCCCAGAAUCUUGGCCUAAGUUGCUGCAAGCUCUUAAUCUUGAUGAUUAUGAGGAGAAGCAAUCUGUUGCAGCAUAAGAUAUAUAAGCAUACAAUACAAAUGAGUAUUUCAUUCUUUGCAUGCAUGCAUGCUUGACGAUUUUGCAGGAAAUAGAACCAAAGAAGGUUUACUUCUCUAUUGGUAUUAUUUGGGUAAAUAAUUAUAUCAUGAGGUGUUGGAAUCUGAUAUAACUUCUUCCCUGUUGGGAUUUCUGCUAUUCUAAUUCAGUUAUAUAUGGCCAUGGUUUGAUGGUUUCUAACAUUGUCAGGAACAGAUGAUUUCUGUGAGAAUUGCUGAUUGAUUAGCAUUUAGCAAUAAGCUUGUCAGAAUCUGGCAUAUAAAUUGUUGUGUUGUAACUGAAAUACGAAAUAUGAAGGAACUAAUGUUAUUGUAUUAA